AUGUUUCUUUUGUUACAGAUUACCCUAGCGGUAAUUCUACAAAUCGCUCUUGUGACCGGUAAGGCGUUACUUCCACAAGAUCAACAUGCAGAGCAACAGUUGACACAAAAUGUCCAAAAGCGCAGCGGAUAUGACUAUCCGGCACCCUCUGAGGAUUUAAUAAAUCCCUACCAAGAUCAUGGUCACGACAUCUCAUAUGACCAUCAUAAUAUUGAUGACCAUAGCGCCGGUGAUCACGGACAUGAUCACGACAUUCAUCAUGAACAUCAUUAUGAUGAACAUCACUCAGAGGAACAUCAUAUCGAAGAGCACCAUGAUCACCACGAUCAUCAUGAUCAUCAUGACCCUGGUUACUGGAAGAAGAAGUUGAUUUGGAAACCGGGAUGGAAAAAAAUAUGGAAAAAGGCAAAGAAGCAAAUUUGGAAGCCAUCAUGGAAAAAGAUCUGGAAACCGAUAUGGGUACCAACUAAGAUACCAGUUUGGAAAGAAAUCAAGGUUCCUGAUUGGAAGAAAAUUUAUAAACCAGAAUGGAAACCAAUAAAGGUACCAGCUUGGAAAGAAGUUAAAGUCCCCGACUGGAAAAAAAUUACCGUUCCUGUCUGGAAAGAUAUAGUGGUACCGGGCUGGAAAGACAUUCAGGUACCAGCUUGGAAAAAGAUUUUUGUUCCAGAAUGGGUUAAGGUUGGGGUUCCUGGUGAAAAAUACUUAGGCAAAGAUCAGGAUGGAUGGGAAUAUACAUCCCACGAUCUUUGGAAAAAGAAGCUUAUUUGGAAACCGGUAUGGAAGAAAUAUUGGAAACCAGCCAAAAAGCAAAUUUGGAUUCCGGAUAAAAAACUUGUAUGGAAAGAUGAAUGGAAGCAAAUAUGGAAAAUGGAAAAGCAUAUGAUCUGGAUCGACGAUAAGAAAUUAAUCUGGAAAGAGGCUUGGCAACAAAUUUGGAAACCAUCCAAGAAACUUAUUUGGGUACCUGACAAAAAAUUGGAAUGGAAAGAAGCCUGGAAACAAAUUUGGGUACCAGAUUGGAAAGAUAUAUGGGUACCAGGUGUCAAAAAGAUAUGGAGACCUGUAUGGAUAUCAGAGUGGUUUCCCUCACCAGACCACCACGAGCACGUAGAUAGAAGCGAUAACAGUUUAGCUGCUAGUCAAACAUCAGUUUCUAUUCAACCAGCACCACAACAACAGCAACAGCAACAAAAACAACAGCAACAACAACAGUUACAGCAAAAGCAACAAAAACAACAACAGCAGCAGCAGCCACGGCAAUCAACGUGGCAGUUUCCAAAAUAA